AUGGCCGCCGCCGGUAUGGAUGCCCUGCUGCCAGCAACGGCGUUGGCCGUGGCGUUGGUUGCCGUACAUGAGCUGUUGUUGGAGGAUAAAGACCUCGAGGACAGCACGAGCAUCACCGCGAAGCAGCUUCGAGUGGACUUCCGCGUACCCUACACCGUCUUCCUUCGGCUUGUUGCCUUGGUCAAGAGCAAGAACUGGUUCUCGACUGCUGUGACGGACGCCGUAGGUUGGGCAAGUCACCCAGUGGAGCACAAGGUGCUGGCCUGGCUGACCAUACUGGGGAGGGGCAACUGCUUUGCAAGCAUAUACCAGAUGUCGUGGAUGAGCGCGAAGACCGUGCAGGGGAUGUUCCACAAAUUCUGCAGGCACUUCGCACGGGAGAUGUACGAUGAACAAAUUCACCUCCCUACGGAAGAGAGCGGCAAGCUGGACCACGUCAUGAAGCAGUACGAUCGGCUUGGGUUUACGGGUGCGGUGGGUUCUAUGGACGUCACACAUAUCGCUUGGAGCAGGUGUCCCUACAAUCAAGCCCGUUCGUACACAGGCAAGGAGGGUUUUCCCACGAUCGCGUACCAGGUCACGGUUGAUCACGCUGGCCGGGCAAUUGCCGUGACUGAGGGUUUCACCGGCUCGACGAACGACAAGACCAUCGUCUGCUGGGACACCGCGGUCGAGAAGAUUUGGACGGACAAGCAUUACACGCNUUUCACCGGCUCGACGAACGACAAGACCAUCGUCUGCUGGGAUGCCGCGGUGGAGAAGAUUCGGACGGACAAGCAGUACACGGAGAAGACGUUCGACGUGUACAAUGAGGACGGCACGACGACGACGCUCAAGGGGUGCUACUUGCUCGUCGACAACGGGUACCACAAGUGGCAAAUCCUGAUCGAGCCCUCCAAGUACCCGCUGAGCGAGAACGACCUGCUCUUUUCGAAGAGGCUGGAGAGCGUACGCAAGGACGUGGAGUGCUUCUUCGGCAUCCUGAAAGGUCGCUUUAGGAUCCUCAAGCUCGCCAUGGAGUACCAGAGCCAGGAGCGCAUCGACAACGUGUUUUUCACGUGCUACAUCUUGCACAACAUGCUGCACACCUUCGACGGCAUGGACCAGCUGGUGGAGAACACGAAUUGGGUUAGCAGUGCUGGGGUGGGGGCCACGUUGACGACGGAGCCGGAGGCGGACUGUGGAUCUGUUGGGACGAAGGACGUGAACGACCAGCCUCAAUUGGAGAUCGAGCACACGGUGCGCAAGCGACAGCUCACCACGAGCUUCGCGUACCGCAAGAAGCACAAGAAGGACAUUGUCUGGCUUUCUAGGUAG